UGAUGUCCAAGGUCUAUCACAAAAUUUCAAGCAUCCUGUCACGCUUUGUAAGACAGUCAAGGAAGAAGUCAACUUCACUGCUUCAUUUUCAGUUCUAUUCUCUCAACACUUUUCAGCCACGAAGUCAGGGGCAUGGCAAUGGGGUACGUAGAGCCUGUUGUUGGCAUUGCAAAUUGUCUCGGAACUCCUGUUUGUAAAUAUCUGCAAUAUCACAGAAAGCUGAACGAUUAUGUGAGAAACUUCAAGAGGAUCAGAGAUGAAUUGAAUUGCAAAAUGGAAGAUAUAGAGCUGCAAUUGAAAGCAGAGCUUCUUCGUCCUCUGGGGAAGAUACCAAAGCAAGGAGUUGAAAAUUGGUUGAAAGCUGUGAAAGAGAUGAUUAGGGAAGCAAAAGUUGUUGAAAACAAAGUCAGUAACGGGAGAUAUCUCUGUCGUGCUUGCAACGGGAAGCUGGUUGAUGAAAAGACUCGAGAAAUGAAGGAAUUUCUUGAUAAAGCUCCUAAUGCCUCUGAAGGUCUUGCCAUGGAUGGUCCAAGUGCUGGGUUGCCACUGCCAACAUCAGAACUAGUUGGAGAGGAAGCUGUCAGAAAUGAUAUUUGGGCAUGUUUGAUGCAGGAGGAGGUGAGCAAGAUUGGGGUUUGGGGGAUGGGAGGUGUGGGUAAAACCACUAUCAUGAAGCACAUCCACAAUGAUCUUUUGAAAGAACAAAGAUUCGAAAGGGUAAUCUGGGUUACCAUAUCAAAGGAGUUCAAUGUAAUGAAGGUACAAGAUAAUAUUGCAAGUGCGUUGGAGUCGAAGGAAUAUUUAGACAAAGAAGAGGACAAGCUCAGACGAGCUGCAAUCUUGUCAGAAAUGCUGAAGAACGCAGGAAAGCAUGUUCUAAUCCUAGAUGAUGUGUGGGAUAAAGUCUCUCUAGAGGAUGUUGGGAUCCCUGAGCCGAGUGGCAGCAAUGGCUGCAAGUUGGUGUUGACAACCCGUUCGGAGCAUGUCUGUAAGUAUAUGGGUUGUAAGGUGAUAAAAGUGAAGCCCCUUUCAGAAGAAGAGGCAUUGGUACUAUUCUUGAAUAAGGUUGGACCUAACAUAGUUCAAAGUCCAACUAUAAUGCCUACUUUGAAGCUUGUUGUCAACGAAUGUGCCGGCCUACCCCUUACAAUUGUCGUGGUAGCUGGUACCAUGAAAGGAGAAGAUAACCCUCUUAUUUGGAAAAAUUCACUCGGGGAAUUAAAAGAGAGAAUAGGGAAAGUUGAAGGAGUGGAAGCUGAGGUAAUCGAGCGCUUGAAAUUUAGCUUCGAUCACUUAAAGGACGAGAAAUUGAAAUAUUGUUUCUUACAUUGCGCAUUAUAUCCCGAAGAUUUUGAAAUUGAAAAGGAUGAACUAAUUGAGUGCUGGAUUGACGAGGGAUUCAUAGAUGAUAUGGGUACAAGACAAGAAAUGAAUGACCAGGGUCAAGUUAUUUUAAAGAAGUUGGAAGAUAAUUGCUUGUUGCAAAAUGUCUCGAGUGAAGAAAUGAAAAUGCAUGACGCAGUGAGAGACAUGGCAUUGUCGAUCACAAGAAUGAAUCCUCGAUAUAUGAUACAAGCAGGUUUGCAAUUAGAAGAGUUACCAAAAGAGGAGCAUUAA